GGUCAAAUUUAUUUCAGUUGAUAAUUUUAUAAGUCCAUUAACAAUACGAUUUUUGUUUUACGCAGAAUUGUACUCCCUAUUUUUAAUUUGUAAGCUAAAAUAAAAGUAAAUUUCUCGGAUGUUGUACCUGGCAAGUACUUGCUUAUGUACCCUCUCCUCUAUGUUCUCGACAUAAUCUUUACAUGUCUUGUCUCUCUCUCUAUAUAUAUUACUACUAGCAACCUCUUUCUCACUCUCUCUCUCGUUUUGAAAUUUAUCUCUCAUUAUACUUUAAAACGCCGGAGUCAAAUGAAGCAUCUCAUCCGCCGCCUCUCUAGAGUCGCCGACUCAUCUUCCGAGUUCUCCAUCCGCCGUUCAGCUUCCUCCUUCCGUAACCGCCGCGGUCACCACCGUAUCCACGCGCCGCCUCCGUGGUCGAUAUGUCCGACGAGAGGAGUCAACUCCGUCCCCGCCGGUCACGUACCUGUCUACGUUGGGGAAGAGAUGGAGAGGUUCGUUGUGAGCGCAGAGCUUAUGAACCAUCCGGUCUUCGUCGGUUUGCUUAACCGGUCAGCUCAAGAAUACGGCUACGCUCAGAAAGGAGUUCUUCAUAUCCCUUGCCACGUCAUCGUGUUUGAGCGCGUGGUGGAGACGCUCCGGUUGGGAGGAUUCGAGGACUCCGGUGAGAAUAUUCAGGAUCUCGUCGCUUCUUUGCUUGCCGGUGAUGAUGAGUUGAUACUUGAAACUACAGAGUAGCUAGCUUUUGAACAUGAAUAAUCCAAAUUCGGCGAUUUGAUAUUUUCUCUGUUUUUUUUUUCAAGUUUCCGUUUUCUAUAUCUCGAUUUUGUAAAUAUAUAUACUUUGCUCACUUUAAUCUUUGUUUUAGCCGAUCAAGAAUCAUAAUAUGAGUAUGAUAUAAUCUGAAAAUGCA